AUAAUCUUUAUCUCAAUCAUAAACACGUUGAAAAUGGCUGCAUGUGUGGUAGUAAUUUCCGAUACUAACCAAUUGCUUUACUUGAGAACUGCCGAGUGUCCUGAUCCUUUGUUCUACCACUUUAAAGCACAUUCUGCUUUGGAUGUUAUCGAAGACAAAUUAUCCAAACGUACAACUUCUGGUGGUAAUCACGAUCAACUAGAACAAUACCUGGGACUUCUAUAUCCAAUGGAGGACCACAGAAUUUAUGGUUAUGUGACUAAUACAAAGAUCAAAUUUAUCAUGAUUUUUGAGUCACAUGUUUUGUCUUCUCAGUCAACCCAAUCGAAUGUAUCAGUUCAUCAAACACAUCUUCGAGAUGUUGAUGUUCGAGCAAUGUUUCAGCGUUUGCAUACCGCUUAUAUUGCUUUGGUGUGUUCACCAUUUUAUAAGCCGGGAACACCUAUUCAACCAGAUAAAUUAUCAGCUGCAUAUCGAUUUGAUCAAUGUAUUUCUUCACUUUUAGCUACAAAUGCUAGUUCUGGUUAUUGUUCUACAUUUACUAAUCUAAUCGAUGAAAGCAAAACAUCUACUGGUGAUAGUAUAACAACAAGAAAUAUAAUGUCUCCUAAAGCCUAA